UUCUCCCUUCUCUUUUGCAAGACGUCCUUGAUGAAGUUAAAUGGCUCUCUUUGCUCUGAGAUCUAACAUUCUCUUUCAUAGGUAACCUUUUCCUUGCUUUCCUCCAUGCUGAAGUGCAGAUAUGCUCUUGGCAGAUGAGGCUUGGGCUCCCCUUAUAUUUCUGAAUCACUUUUUUCCUCUCCCAAACCUACAUUUAGCAUACCGAUUAUGAACAAGAGCACAAAAAGCCUGGUAGAUCAAAAGCGUUUGUGUGGGCAGUUGAACAGGAGGUGACUAUUUAACGCUUUUGUUCAUCAAUAACUCUCUGGCUUUGACCUGUCUGAGCAAGUCGUGCAGUAAGGUGAAAUGCAGGUCACAGCGUCUCACAAAUAUGAAAAUGUACGGGAUUUUCCCCAUUGCUGAGCCCAUUGGAUCCAUCUCUCUCGAUUCUGGGGGAUGAGAUCAAGAACCCUUGUUGUCCAGUGAAGGAGACAAAAUACGGAUAAUUUGUUUUAUUUUGGAGAUUGUUCUCUAAAAGAGAUCAGAGAAGCUCAGUGAGAGGGUGGGGGGGAAACUCUCUUUAGCAGCGUUAGGUACAAAGAUCAUCGCCACCAAAUCCCUAAAGCUGCAAAGCAAAGAGAUUCUAAAGUCAAAUAUUUAGUUGACAAAAAUGAUAUGGAGGUGGAGGGGUGGGAAGAAAUUUCCUCCAAGUAGGAGCUGGAGAAAGAGUACCAGGAGUUGCUUCUCUCUCCUAACCCUUACUCCUUAUCUCCACCCUAGGGCCCGGUGUCUAUCUAUUUCAAAGAUUUAAAAAAAAAGAAAGAAAGAAAGAAAGAAAGAAAGAAAGAAAAGAAAAGAAAAGAAAAGAAAGAAAUCUCAAGCUUAUGAUCCUGUAGAGAAAAAAAAAAUCCAACCAGGAUGGGCCAUCUUUCUUGCUCUGAAAUCCAUUCUCCUGGGUGUCCUUCUUUCUCUGCUUGAAAACCCGAACAGAACUGAGGGGUUGAUCCCCGGACAGCAGUGAAGAGUUAAGGCAGGCGCAAUUCAUGAACUUUUGUACUCUUGUGUGCUGCUGUCGCCAAAGCAAAAAUAAUGAAACUUUGUGAUAUGUUUGUAAAUGAUUUCGAAUGACCCCUCACCCUGCCCUUCACCAUAAACGCUACCCCACUAAACCUAAGGACAUUUGCCUGAGCAAAGCAUUCGACCCUAGGUUUACUGCCUGAAGUUGAACAGGAUAAAAGCGAAAAGCUCUCUAAUGACGCGAAGGUAAACGGAACCAGUUGUGUUUUGUUUUGUUUUUUUCUGGAAACUAACUUUAGCUUUCAAGACAGCGAUUUAUUUCAGCUAGGGGGAAGGGGCUGCUGGAAGCAUUUCUAUUCCCUCUUAUCUCUCCAGAUAGUGUCUGCUUUCUUUCUGAAAAUGUUACUUACUUAAGGAUGACCAGGAGUAGGUGGAAAUCUGUCAACUCCAGGAUGGGUUAUGAUGAUGAUGAUGAUGAUGAUGAUGAUGAUUACUGUUAUUUCUUUGUUUUUGUUUUUGUUUUUCCCUGUAGAAGAGCUCCAGUGGAGCCUUCUAAAUCCCACUCAGGUUUCCCUUCAGGCAGAGAAGGAAGAAUAUUUGAAUUAGUCGCUGUAAAUUGCCCUUACGUCCUAAAGAGGUAUUUCAGCAAUCUGUAGACUACCUGGAUGUCUUCUGAAAGUCCAGAAUUAUUUCAAUGGAGGCGGCAGCCUUUGGCCAGUGCAGAAUAGUUUUGAUUUAGAAAGUAGGAUGAAUCAGAAAAAUGCAGUGGGACUGGCAGAUUACAUUGUAGAUGAGAACAGAAUGUUAUUACGUUGUCUAUAUAUACCCUGUAGAACCGAAUUUGUGUGGUAUUUACAUAGUCACAGAUUCGAUUCUAGGGGAAUAUAUGGUCGAUGCAAAAACUUCACAUUUCUACAAAUGGUUAAAAGUGUAAAUGUCUGGGGAUCCGAAAUGAAGUGCAUGCUGCUUUAUUGGAGACUUAUCCAAGUCAUGCUAGCUCUGUCUUAUUUACUGACACCUUACGACAUGGGGAAUAUGGAUUGAUGUUGGUGAAUUAUAGAUCAGCUUUAAAAAUCUGUUCACUGUAAAACUGAGUCACAUGGUAGGUCUGGACAACCUGAAAACUAGUUUGAUAAAUUAAUACUUCUGAAAGAGGACGCUAAAAAAAAAAAAAAAAAAAAAAAAAAAAAAAAAAAAAAAAGUUAAGAGGUUAGGUGUGAAGAAUUUUCGUGGCCACUUUUUUUUUUUUUUUUUUUUUUUUUAAGCUUCUGGAUUAUCUGGAAAGUAGCACGGGAGGUAUGGGCUUGGAUUCACUUCUGCUCAAGGCAGAGGGCUGGACUGGGGACAAAAUUUGUAUGAUUAAAUUUGGGAUGCUUUCCUGGGAUGGUGUUACACAAUCUUCGAUUUAACUGCUUGCAACUUCAAUCGUAAAGAAGUGGGGGGGCGAGGGUGGGAGAUAACCCGAAGCACAAACAAGAGUCCCCCUGCUUUCUGUGUGAAUUUUCUGUAUGGGGACCUGCUAAGUGCAUUCGGAGUUACUGAUUGCCUAAUUUUAUUCAACCGAACUAGAUUCUGGUAACUUUUGGGUGACCCCGGGGAGACAAAGCCAAGACACAUCUAUUGUAUAUCAUAUUCCCCUUCUGUUUGAUGGCUUUUCUUUGGGCGUGGAGUCUUUCUCCCAGUUCUCCCUCUGCACGUUUUCCCCAAUGUCUUGAUGCCACCCCCAUCCCCCAGUCUCAAUCCCUCUAGCACUCGACUAUAUAUUCUUGCUGGAUGUUUUAUUUACCAAAAGUAACGCGAAGGGCCAGGGAAUGAUUUCUGGGGGAUUAGUGGAAAGGGCAUAGAAGGUUAGAAAAGUCAGUUCAAACAAAAGCUCGGAUUACCUGAGGGGCAAAGGAGAUGGGGGUGGAAGUGAUGAAUCGUCCUACCACAUUAACAUCUGGCUGGGAAGACCAAAUGCAUAGAGAAGAGUCACUUGAUUACACGUAUAUUAUUUAGUUAAAUUUGUGAAAAUUAUGAGAUGCUCACAAAUCCGGUGAUAAACUCCCUCCCUCGCCAUUGGCUGGGGCGGUCACAUGGCCCCCUAACUUUAUUCAGUUGACAGCAAGUAGGAGGGCCCUAUGGAAGGAGAAAAAAAGACAACACGAGAAAAAUUAGUAUUUUCUACCUUCAGAAAUUAAUGGCCAUGAGUUCGUAUAUGGUGAACUCUAAGUAUGUGGACCCCAAAUUUCCUCCUUGUGAGGAAUAUUUGCAGAAUAGCUACCUAGCCGAGCAGAGCUCAGACUAUUAUAGUGGCUCUCAGGGUUCGGAUUUCCAGCAUCAGGGAGUCUACCCACGGUCAAACUACAGCGAGCAGCCCUUCAGCUGUAGCAAUGCCCAAGGCUCUACGGUGCCUCCGCGGGGUCAUGGACAGGAGCCAUCGGGCCCGGCGAGCCACUACCCGGGCCAAGGGGAGCAUUGUCCCCAGCCUCCAAUCCCCAGUUCCCGGGCCUGCAGCCAGCCGGCCAGCCUCAAGCAACCUCCCAACGGGACGGCCCUCAAACAGCCCGCUGUGGUGUACCCCUGGAUGAAGAAAGUGCAUGUAAAUUCCGUGAAUCCUAAUUACACCGGAGGGGAGCCCAAGCGGUCCAGAACAGCCUACACAAGGCAGCAAGUCCUAGAACUGGAAAAGGAAUUCCAUUUUAACAGGUAUCUGACGAGGCGUCGUCGGAUCGAAAUAGCCCACACUCUCUGUCUCUCUGAACGCCAGAUCAAGAUCUGGUUUCAGAAUCGUAGGAUGAAAUGGAAAAAAGACCACAAGCUGCCCAACACGAAGGGCAGGUCUUCCUCGGCCGCUUCGAACCAGCAUUUACAGCCCGUGUCCAAGGACCAUCACACUGACUUGACGACUUUAUAGAGGAGGUGAAAUCUCCCCCCACCCCCAACCCUAUCCAAUCUCUCUCAUCCCUUCCCCCAAUUUCAUCCUUUGCUUCUGAACUGUGCUGUGUGUAGAACUGACAUGAUCCAAACACAACCUGCAUGGAGCAGGCAAAGCCUCCCCAGGCUGUCAGCUUGCUUUAAGGUGCUUGUGCUGUACAAAGCGGACUCGCUGAGGGUACUUCAGACUUCCUUGGCAUUCUUCAUACUAGCACAACCCCCAAACUCUCCAGGCAGGAAGUGAAAAGUUUAGGGAAAAUUAUAGAGAGAUAUAUAAUUAUAUAUGUGUGUGUGAAUGUAUGUAUAUAUAAUUAUAUAUCGAAGGAGCUACUGAGUAUAAAAAUCUGACGAGUCAUUAAACACAAAUGAAAAUUUCAUCUUUUCGGUUUUCAAUUUUAAAGUGAAGGUUUGAUUCUAUGCCAGUAUCAGUCUUGAUAUUCUGUCUACCCUCAUCCCCCACCUCAUGCAGUUUCGGGUUUAUAGAAUGUAGGAGAGUUCAGGGCAGAGGGCUGUCUAGCUGGUUACAGGAUUUGUGAACUUCUUGGGUCUUCUAUCUUGUGGCUGUGUGAUUAAAGCCCCCCCCUCAUAUUCAGAAACCCCCAAAGAAAUACCUAGGAAAGAAGUGGAAACGGGUUAUUUUAUUUUCAGAUUGUGUUUACAUAUUUAUUUAUUUGUCGAUUAGAGGAGCGCACACAUAUUAACACGCGUUAAGCCAAAAAUCCUAAUCAGGGGGAGCUGAAGCUCAAGGCUCCCUCUUAUGGAAAAUCAUAGAGAAGAUAGUAUGGCUUAGAUUUCUCAACUUUGCCAGACAUUUAGGACUCUCUUCCUCCCCACCCCC